AUGGCGUGUAGAGGUUUUUUGGAGUGUUUGCUGAAGUUUUUCAACUUUCUGCUGGCUGUUGUUGGACUUGGUAUGGUUGGUUAUGGUAUCUACUUAUUCGUUGAGUACAAGAGAGCGACCGAUAAUUCUGUUACUUUCAAUCCGGUAAAUGGCGACCAAAGUUACGUUUCCUUUGGGAGGCCCAUGCUUAUGGCGGUAGCACUUUCUUCGAAUGUGUUUGACAAUCUUCCCAAAGCUUGGUUCAUAUACUUGUUCAUUGGUAUCGGCGUUGCUCUGUUUGUUAUCUCGUGCUGUGGCUGUGUUGGUACUUGUUCAAGGAGCGUCUGCUGCUUAUCUUGUUACUCUCUGCUUCUGAUCUUGUUGAUCUUGGCGGAGCUUGGAUUCGCAGCGUUCAUAUUCUUCGACAACAGCUGGAGAGAUGAAAUUCCUUCUGACAGGACCGGAAACUUCGAUACAAUAUAUAAUUUUCUGAGAGAGAACUGGAAGAUCGUAAGAUGGGUAGCUCUAGGAGCUGUUGUUUUCGAGGCUUUGCUUUUCUUGCUUGCCCUUGUGGUUAGGUCAGCUAAUUCACCACCAGAGUAUGACAGUGAUGAUGAGUAUAUUGCUCCAAGACAACAAAUCAGGCAGCCAUUUAUCAACCGCCAGCCUGUUGCUGUCACCGGUGUCCCAGUUGCUCCUACUUUGGACCAACGCCCAAGCCGCAGUGACCCUUGGAGUGCACGUAUGAGGGAAAAGUAUGGGCUUGACACAUCUGAGUUCACAUACAAUCCCUCUGAGUCACACCGGUUCCAGCAAAUGCCAACGCAACCAAACGAAGAAAAAGGCCGAUGCACCAUCAUGUGA